AUGAGCACUAUUUUGCACUCUCGCUUUUCUAAUGAUUCUAAAUCUGCAACAAGAGUCCUUUCAGAAAAACCAGAACAAAAAGCCAAGCUCUUCUGGAAGUCGUCAGCACCUAGUGAUUUGUCUAAGCUUUAUUCUAGCCUUCAUCAAGAAAAACAGAAAACUCACAGAAAAUCAAUGCCGAAUUCAGACUCCUCACCUCCUAUAAAGCGAAAAUUCAGCCCAACUCAAAAGCUGAUUCGUCAUAAUUCAAGCAACAUUUUAAACCCAAUUUUCCUCAGCAAUAGGGAUUCAUUCCAAAGGUUCCUUCACACGAGGUCUACUCCAUAAAGACUAUUUUUUUUUUUGGCCUAUUUUUUUUGGCCUAUUUUUUUUGGCCUAUUUUUUUUGGCCUAUUUUUUUGGACUUUUUUUUGGCCAUUUUUUAGCUAUUUUUUACUAAUAUUUGGGCCUAAUUUCAUACUAAUGAUUUUAAUAUAAUUUUUAAUGCAUUUUAAACGAUUUUAUCAACAUAAAAUACACCUUUAACAGAUCUCUUACUCCAUGAAUGCUAAUUAUUACUUUUUAAAUUUCGAGAAUUUUAAAUUUAAUCAGGAUUUUUCCACUUAAUUUACUCAAUAUUAAUCAUGUAAGGAAAUACAUCCGCUACCCAAUAAUUAUUUAGUCUCUCAGCAGCUUCAUGAAUUAUCCUCGACAGAAAAAAUAGACCAAAAAAAAUAGACCAAAAAAAAUAGGCCAAAAAAAAAAUAGGCCAAAAAAAAAUAGGCCAAAAAAAAAAUAGUCGUUAUGGAGUAGACCUCGUGUGAAGACACGCAUUCCAAAGGCACCUUGUAGCUCCGAUUUCUGAAAGGGUUUGAGCACAGGUAUCAGAGAUCCCUAACAAAUGUACAUAUUCUUUAGACAUGCCAAAAAAGGACUUUUUCUCAGCUUCAGUUUCAUCUCUUUUGAUCCCUAAAGCCAAAAUUUCAUCUCCAAGACUAGUUUCUAUAGAGCUCGAAGAUAAGUCAGAAAGGUUUAAAAGAAAAAUCAUCAACUCCAAUGUAGUUUCAUACUUGGUGUCAGAAAGCAAAAUCAGGCCGUUAAGUUCUUCAUUGAAAUAUCAAUCUAAAGGAGAUUUAAUUAAAGAAGACAUGAAAAAGUUUGUAAAGAAAACAAGUGCUGUGAAAAAUAGUGAAAGGGGAUAUUCUAGAGAGCCGAAUAAAGGACAGAAAAUUAAAGAUAUAAAGCUUUCAGAUAUGAAAAACCCAAUGGAGCCUUAUAUUGAAUAUAUUAUUCAAAAAAGAGAGAGCUUGUACUAG